GUCCCUGACUACAUAUAUAUAUUUAGUGCAAGCGAUACCAGGAGCUAAGGUCACGUGGUUCACCCAUCGUGUAUUUCAUGCUGAUCAUUUCAACCCGUGCGGUUGAUCCAUUCGGAAGUGUUAGGAGUUUCUCGAAAAUUACUUCAUUCUAAACUAAAAACUUAAGAUAAUUCUCGGAUGGUCUGGCAUCGCAAAUCGAGUACGCAGUUAAUUUUGUGCUCUUCUCACGAGGAAUAUGUAUACUGUAUCAAAAGGACCUAGCAAAAUUGUCGCCAAGACACGAAGAGGUACUAGUAUCCGAAGAAUCAGUCAAAAUCUCGAAAGGCUGGAAACCUUGCGCGAUUUAACGAGAAAAGCGGAUCCCGAUGAUGACCACGAGACCACCCGCCAUGUGCCCAAGCCAGUCUUUCACAUGAAUGGAAAAUCUAAACUCAAUUCACAAAGGCAUCAAAUGCAAGAAGUUAUUACACCACAACAUGAGGAACUUAUUAAAUUUGUUUAUGAAUCAUGGAAUCAAGUGAAUACAAGGCAAAGAAGCGAAUCUUCAGAUGGUUCAGAUUGUUCAGAACCCUCCAGUCCUAAUUCUAUAGUAUACUAUAAUGAUGGUGAACCAAAUGAUAAUCUACAAGACUUUAAACCAUUCGAUUUGGAAUCUUGGUGGGGUAAACGAUUAUUUAACAAUAUUACAAAAUCGCUUUGAGAAAAAGAGAAACUUAUAAAAGUUAUGAAGAUAAAUCUUGAAGUAGUACAGAAUGGCAGACAGUGCAACAAAUUAGCCUGCAUUGUGUUUUAAAUGCAAUAUAAAAAUCAAUGAAUAAUUGCAUAGUGUUAAACUGGAAGUAUAGAAAUGAACUUGGUUUGCUGAUUAUUAUAGAACUACAAUUGAUGAAUUUAAAGCCUCAUGUAAUACACAUACAACAUAUUCAUUGCAAUGAAUUAUACAUUUUUUUCAUGAAAUUAUAAACAAAAUUUUUUAAUAUAUGUGAAUCAACAAGGUUAAACUUAAUCACAACAAAUUUUAUACACACGUAUACAUACUAUACAUACGCAUGAUAGUAUUCCUUUUUGUUUUUUAAUUUUAAAGAAUCCAUGCUAACAAUGAUUUGCAUUGCAUGAAUAUGCAUUUUUAUCAACAGUGUUAUUGAAUACGUGAUGCAACAAUAUAAAUUGAACAUUUUUUAAAUAUUGCUUCGUAUUACUAAAGAUACUCCGAUUUUAAGCAGUGUAAAAGUGUACAGAAACUUUUUUUAAAUAUAAAAAAAGUGCGGAAUUCGAUUUAUAUAAAGAAAUUAACGAAAUACAAAAUAUUGUCAUCAAUCUCGUCAUUACGAAACGAUUAGAAGUUUUUAAAAUAAUGAAAGGUGAAAAUAUAGCUGAUAAAUGCAUACCAAAUAGAGUUAAGUAUAUACAGCAAUCGCUGCGUGGUAUGAAUGCAGCGUGAAAAUAAUGGAUUUUUAAUCAUAGAGUGAUGUACAUAUUACAUGCAUUGUUUGUGGGAAUGCAUGAUACUUUGCUGAUAUUGUUAUGACAACUGUAUCUAAAUACUUUUAUGUAAACAAAAAGUUUAGUAUAACUUUGUAGACUGAUAAUGUUUAAGAUUGUCAUACGAUCAACAGACAAGAAGAAGCUUGUCGCUAAUGUACUUGCAAGCUUUGCUUACAAAAUGUUUAUUUCACGUUGAUCUCGAUUAAUCUUUGCUAAGUUCUGUGCAUUGUUUAAGUUAUAUUUGCACACAACAACUUUAUGAGUAAAGAGUUGGGCGUGAAAUGAAUAUAUUAACAAGUAGAGCUUGCAAAGGUAGUCAAAAUGUAGUGCAAUAUUUGGCCAUACAAGGCUGAAUUAUGCAAUUAUAAGUAAAUACAUCUUUAUAUAUA